AUGUCUGGAACUCUCACCCCAAGAACUACGGCCCUGGUUCUCGCACCUGCCGUGUGUGUGGGAAUCCCCAUGGUAUUAUCAGAAAGUAUGGUCUCAUGUGCUGCAGACAGUGCUUCCGCAGCAAUGCUAAGGAGAUUGGAUUCAUCAAGUACCGCUGAAGAAGAUAGCUUGUGUCCACUAGACAAGAGCAGAUGGGUUUUUCUCAAGUAUGAUCUGAUUAGCAAUUUUAUGUCUGAAUGA